UUGCGCGUGUCAUCUCUGCCUCUCGGUGCCGGGGAUGCUGGCUCUCUCGCUGGCUGGCGGGGAACAGCUGUUGCUGGGCGACUGCGAGCGAGCGAGAGCCAGCAACCAGCCAGCCAGCCCUGCUCGCCUCCCUUCCUUCUUUCCUCCCUUCCUUCCUUCUUCCUUCCCGCAAUCUCUCUGCUCACCGGAGACGCGGGGACGGGGAGGAGGGACCGCUUUUGGACCAAACCAGCCCAUCCCAAUCCCACCCACCCUUCCUUCCCCCCUCCCCACGCCCCAGUCAGCUUCACGGGGGGCCUGAGCAUCCCGAUCCAGCCCCGCCAUGAAGGGAGAGGCAGGCGAUUUUGAACGUCCUCAAGAAAUGUUACAGAAUAUUCAGAAAAUUUCACCAAAUUAGACAACCAAAGCUAAUUCCAAUAUGCUUAAAAGGAAACAGAGUUCUAGGGUAGAAGCCCAGCCAGUGACAGAUUUUGGCCCUGAUGAAUCAUUAUCAGAUAAUGCAGAUAUUGUGUGGAUUAACAAACCAUGGGUCCACUCCUUACUACGUAUCUGUGCCAUCAUAAGUGUCAUUUCUGUUUGCAUGAACACCCCAAAGACUUUUGAACACUAUCCACCUCUUCAGUAUGUGACUUUUGCUCUUGAUACACUACUGAUGUUUCUCUACACGGCAGAAAUGAUAGCAAAGAUGCACAUCCGUGGCAUAGUAAAGAUGGAGUUGGGAAAAGGUUGGAGGUUAACAACACCACAGCCAUUUCAGAUGUUCAAGGGCGAUACCUCCUAUGUGAAGGAUCGUUGGUGUGUAUUCGAUGGAUUCAUGGUUUUUUGUCUCUGGGUGUCAUUAGUUUUACAGGUGUUUGAAAUUGCUGAAAUAGUUGACCAGAUGUCACCUUGGGGAAUGUUGAGGAUCCCCCGGCCACUUAUUAUGAUUCGAGCAUUCCGGAUCUACUUUCGCUUUGAAUUGCCAAGAACAAGGAUAACUAACAUUUUAAAGCGUUCAGGUGAACAAAUUUGGAGUGUUUCUAUAUUUCUUCUGUUCUUCCUGCUUUUAUAUGGCAUUCUAGGAGUGCAAAUGUUUGGACCUUUCACAUAUCAUUGUGUAACAAAUGAUACAAAGCCAGGAAAUGUAACGUGGAAUAAUUUGGCAAUCCCAGAUACACAUUGUUCAAAAGCAUCAGAAGAAGGUUACCAGUGUCCACCAGGGUUUGAAUGUUUGGAUCUUGAAGAAUUGGGGCUGAGCAGGCAAGAGCUGGGCUACAGUGGCUUUAACGAGAUAGGUACAAGCAUAUUUACUGUUUAUGAAGCUGCUUCUCAAGAGGGCUGGGUCUUCCUGAUGUAUCGAGCAAUUGACAGCUUCCCUCGGUGGCGCUCCUACUUCUAUUUCAUCACCUUAAUUUUCUUCCUUGCUUGGCUUGUUAAGAAUGUAUUCAUUGCUGUCAUCAUUGAGACAUUUGCUGAAAUUCGUGUGCAGUUCCAGCAGAUGUGGGGGUCCAGAAGCAGUACUACUUCAACAGCUACUACACAGAUGUUUCAUGAAGAUGCUGCAGGAGGAUGGCAGCUAGUAGAUGUUGAUGUGAAUAAGCCUCAGGGCAGAGCGCCUGCAUGUCUUCAGAGAAUGAUGAGAUCCUCAAUUUUCCAUAUGUUCAUCUUGAGCAUGGUGGCUGUGGAUGUCAUUGUUGCCGCUAGCAAUUAUUACAAGGGGGAGACUUUUAAGAGCCAAUAUGAUGAAUUCUACCUUGCAGAGGUUGCAUUUACUGUUCUGUUUGAUCUGGAAGCCCUCCUGAAGAUCUGGUGCCUUGGCUUUACUGGAUAUAUCAGUUCAUCUCUUCACAAGUUUGAAUUACUACUAGUUAUUGGAACUACUCUUCAUAUUUAUCCAGAUCUCUAUCAUUCACAAUUUACAUAUUUCCAGGUGCUUAGGGUGGUUCGACUUAUAAAGAUUUCUCCUGCCCUGGAAGACUUUGUAUAUAAGAUUUUUGGACCUGGAAAAAAGCUUGGGAGUUUAGUAGUAUUCACUGCCAGCCUGUUAAUUGUAAUGUCAGCAAUCAGUUUGCAGAUGUUCUGCUUUGUAGAAGAACUAGACAGAUUUACAACAUUUCCAAGGGCUUUUAUGUCAAUGUUCCAGAUCCUUACACAAGAAGGAUGGGUGGAUGUCAUGGACCAGACUCUUAAUGCUGUUGGACAUAUGUGGGCACCUGUUGUUGCUAUCUACUUCAUACUUUAUCAUCUUUUUGCUACCCUGAUUCUGCUGAGUUUGUUUGUUGCUGUUAUUUUGGACAACUUGGAACUUGAUGAAGAUCUAAAGAAACUUAAGCAAUUGAAACAAAGUGAAGCAAAUGCGGAUACGAAGGAGAAGCUCCCAUUGCGUCUACGGAUCUUCGAAAAAUUCCCCAACAGACCUCAAAUGGUAAAAAUCUCCAAGCUCCCUUCGGAUUUUACAGUCCCCAAAAUAAGGGAAAGUUUUAUGAAGCAGUUUAUUGAUCGACAGCAACAAGACACAACUUGUUUACUAAGAAGGCUUCCAUCAGCUUCUUCCUCCUCUUGUGACCACUCCAAAAGGCUUGCAAUUGAAGACAAAUAUAUUGACCAGAAGCUCCGCAAAUCUGUUUUCAGCAUUAGGGCAAGAAACCUUCUGGAAAAAGAGACUGCAAUCAAUAAAAUUCUUAGGGCCUGCACUCGCCAGCGCAUGCUCAGUGGUUCCUUUGAGGGGCAGCCUGCAAAAGAAAGGUCAAUUCUGAGUGUCCAACAUCAUAUACGGCAAGAACGCAGGUCACUAAGACAUGGGUCCAACAGUCAACGAAUCAGCAGAGGAAAAUCUCUUGAAACUUUAACUCAAGAUCAUUCUAACACAGUGAGGUACAGAAAUGCACAGAGAGAAGACAGUGAAAUAAAAAUGAUCCAAGAGAAGAAAGAACAAGCAGAAAUGAAAAGGAAAGUCCAAGAAGAAGAACUGCGAGAGAACCACCCCUAUUUUGACAAGCCUCUUUUUAUUGUUGGCCGUGAACACAGAUUCAGAAAUUUCUGCAGAGUAGUUGUACGAGCACGCUUUAAUGCCUCAAAAACCGACCCGGUUACAGGAGCAGUGAAAAAUACGAAAUAUCAUCAACUAUAUGAUUUACUGGGAUUGGUUACUUAUCUAGACUGGGUAAUGAUCAUUGUUACCAUAUGCUCCUGCAUUUCAAUGAUGUUUGAAUCUCCAUUUCGAAGAGUGAUGCAUGCACCAACACUUCAGAUUGCUGAGUAUGUUUUUGUAAUAUUCAUGAGCAUUGAACUUAAUUUGAAGAUUAUGGCUGAUGGCUUGUUUUUUACUCCAACGGCAGUCAUACGAGACUUUGGGGGUGUCAUGGAUAUAUUUAUAUACCUUGUAAGCUUAAUAUUUCUCUGCUGGAUGCCCCAUAAUGUUCCUGCUAAAUCAGGAGGUCAGCUCUUAAUGGUGCUCAGGUGUCUCCGACCCCUUCGAAUAUUUAAGCUGGUGCCUCAGAUGAGAAAGGUUGUCCGGGAGCUAUUCAGUGGCUUCAAAGAAAUCUUUCUUGUUUCCAUUCUUUUACUGACCUUAAUGCUUGUUUUUGCAAGCUUUGGAGUUCAGCUUUUUGCUGGGAAACUGGCUAAAUGCAAUGAUCCACAUAUCAUAGCAAGGGAAGACUGCCAUGGCAUAUUCCGAAUAAAUGUCAGUGUUUCCAAAAAUCUAAAUUUAAAGCUUAGACCUGGUGAAAAAAAGCCUGGGUUUUGGGUGCCACGAGUUUGGGCCAAUCCUCGGAACUUCAACUUUGACAAUGUUGGAAAUGCAAUGCUGGCAUUAUUUGAAGUCCUUUCUUUAAAGGGCUGGGUGGAAGUCAGAGAUGUUAUAAUUCAUCGUGUAGGACCAAUCCAUGGCAUCUAUAUUCAUGUUUUUGUGUUCCUGGGCUGUAUGAUUGGACUAACCCUUUUCGUUGGAGUUGUCAUUGCCAAUUUCAAUGAAAAUAAGGGAACAGCUUUGCUGACUGUUGACCAGAGGCGAUGGGAAGAUCUAAAGAGCAGACUCAAGAUAGCGCAACCUCUUCACCUUCCACCUCGCCCAGAUAAUGAUGGAUUCCGAGCUAAGAUGUAUGAUAUCACACAGCACCCAUUUUUCAAGAGAACUAUUGCUGUUCUUGUUCUGGCACAAUCUGUGUUGCUAUCUGUUAAGUGGGAUGAUCAAGACCCAGUGACCGGUCCUUUAGCUGCCAUGUCUGUUGUCUUCACCUUCAUUUUUGUUCUUGAGGUUACCAUGAAAAUUAUUGCUAUGUCACCAGCUGGCUUUUGGCAAAGCAGAAGAAAUCGCUAUGAUCUCUUGGUGACAUCCUUGGGUGUCAUAUGGGUAAUCCUCCACUUUGCCAUCACUAAUGCCUACACAUACAUGAUGGGAGCAUGUGUCAUCGUUUUCAGGUUUUUCUCCAUCUGUGGAAAACAUGUAACCCUGAAGAUGCUUCUAUUGACAGUGGUUGUCAGCAUGUACAAGAGUUUUUUCAUCAUAGUAGGAAUGUUCCUGCUAUUGCUUUGCUAUGCCUUUGCUGGAGUAGUUUUAUUUGGCACUGUAAAAUAUGGCGAGAACAUCAAUCGGCAUGCCAACUUUUCAUCAGCUGGUAAGGCCAUUACUGUACUCUUCCGAAUUGUCACCGGUGAAGAUUGGAACAAGAUAAUGCAUGACUGCAUGGUUCAGCCUCCUUUUUGUACUCCAGAUAACAGCACAUACUGGAAGACGGAUUGUGGGAACUAUGCUGGUGCUCUUAUGUAUUUCUGUUCAUUUUAUGUCAUCAUUGCAUACAUCAUGUUAAAUUUGCUUGUGGCUAUAAUUGUGGAAAAUUUCUCACUGUUUUAUUCAACGGAGGAAGAUCAGCUCUUAAGUUAUAAUGAUCUUAGACAUUUUCAAAUUAUAUGGAACAUGGUUGAUGAUAAAAGAGAGGGAGUUAUUCCUACUUUCCGAAUCAAGUUUUUGCUGAGGUUACUGCGUGGGAGGUUGGAAGUGGACCUGGACAAGGACAAACUUCUGUUCAAGCACAUGUGCUAUGAAAUGGAGAGGCUGCAUAAUGGUGGAGAUGUAACAUUCCAUGAUGUGCUGAGCAUGCUUUCCUAUAGAUCUGUUGACAUCAGAAAAAGUCUUCAGCUAGAAGAAUUGCUUGCUAGAGAACAAUUGGAAUACACUAUAGAAGAAGAAGUGGCCAAACAGACCAUACGCAUGUGGUUGAAAAAGUGCUUGAAGCGCAUUAGAGCAAAACAACAACAGUCAUGCAGCAUCAUUCACAGCCUCAGAGAGAGUCAACAACAAGAACUUAGUCGUUUCCUAAACCCACCAAGCAUUGAGACAACACAACCAAGUGAGGAUAUGAAUGCUAACAACCAAGAUAAUACACAACCAGAGACAAGUAGUCAACAACAGCUUCUUAGUCCAACACUUUCUGACAGAGGUGGAUAUCGUCAAGACUCUACUGAAGCUGGAAAACCUCAGCGAAAAUUUGGACAAUGGCGUUUACCAUCAGCUCCAAAGCCAAUAAGCCAUUCGGUGUCUUCAGUGAAUUUACGGUUUGGCAGCCGAACAACUAUGAAGUCUGUUGUGUGCAAGAUGAAUCCCAUGUCGGACGUGGCUUCUUGUGGAUCAGAAGUGAAGAAAUGGUGGACAAGGCAACUAACUGUUGAGAGUGACGAAAGUGGAGAAGACCUGCUUGAGAUCUGAUAGGUAGAACAGCUGGCAGUUAAACAAUACAAGACUAUUUAUAACAAGACCAAGCCUUUGAACUUAAUAUCCUUCAAUGUGACAAGACAAAACAGCUUCUAAUUAUUAUUGAAUCUGAUUCUUAUGGUGAUGCUGAUUGAUGUAUUGGAAAAGAGAAAAUAGGUACAAUGCUCAUGAAAAGCAGAGGACUUAUAGCCUCUGUCCCAAGAAUCAUAAGACUGACUUCUGUCUUUCUGCAGCCUCUUUUUGCCAUAUGCUUAUGUUGCUUUUUUAAAACUUUCAGGGACCUUCAAAAGCAGUUUGAUGUUUAUUGCUAAAAAUUGGUAAACUCCAAAGCUGCCAAUCAACUGUUGUAGAACAAUAUGCAAGUGAUGAUUAAGCCCUUUGAAAAACAUUGACAAGUUAUGAGAAAUUUAUUUAAUGUGCUUUGGGGGGAAAUUUGCUAUGGAAGUGAAACUAAUCCUAAUAAAAUCUUUUGAUAAAAUGUUGCCAUUAUAAGGGUUUCAAUCAUAGAAUCAUAGAAUUGGAAGAGACCUCAUGGGCCAUCCAAUCCAACCCCCUGCCAAGAAGCAGGAAAAUUGCAUUCAAAGCACCCCCAACAGAUGGCCAUCCAGCCUCUGUUUAAAAGCCUCCACCACACUAGUUAACCAUCUAGUUCAGAUGAGGAGUUGGAAUUAUGGAGUAUUCCAGAUGUUGUUUGACUACAGGCCCCAAAAGUCUCAACAAGAUCCACUAAUGCUAAAGAGUGCUGGAGAUUCACCAACAUCUGGAAAGCUAUAUGAUUUCUACCCUGAUUUAAACAGACAAGAUUUAUACAUGGUUUGUCCUACAUAGGCUUUAUAUAAUUAUUCUUGUUUCUGGAUGUUAAUUCAUUCUUUCUAUUCUCUAUGUUCAUUCCAACAACCCAUUCUAUCUUUUAGAAAGCUGUUUGCACUCCACUGAGAGGGCUGGAAAAAUCUUAGUCACUAUUGGACAAAAACAGCCACCGUGGUGGUUUGAGCAUUGAAUUGUGACUCUGGAGACCAGGGCACAUCCCCACUUAGCUACAGAGUCCAUUGGGUUACCUUGAGCCAGUCACACUUUCUCAGCAUGAAGAAGACAAAAGGAACCAAGAAAAUUCCAUAAUAGGGUCACCUUUAGAUCACCAUAAGUCAGAAAAUAUUUGAAGGCGCACAACAACGAUUUAACAAAUACAAGACAAUGUAUAUGUUCUUAAGAAACAUAUUUAAGAAUUUAAUUUCAUUGAUUUGUAUCAAAUUAUACAUUCAGGCACUAUUUCCGUUUCUACCAGAGCAACGUAUUCUUAGCCUAAAAAUGUCCAUCAAAGAGUACAAAAACAGUGCAAUUACUUUUGUCCUUUUUUCCAGUCUUCUGCCCUCAUCAGAGUUGCUACUAAAUGAAAGCCAUUUUUCAUAAAAAGAUUCUGAAUUUUAAAAAUAUGCCUCUUCCCUUUUUGAUAGCCAAUUUUGAGGAGGAGAGGGUCAGAAAAAUAUUAAUUAUUUUUAAUUCUUAUUUAAUUAUUAAUGUAAAGCCUUCUUCACAUUAACCUUGAAGAUUCACUUCUGCUGAUAGUCACAUUGUUGUUGGGACAGGGUAUUCAGAUUUGUUUUCUUCUCCCUUCCAUCUAACUCCUUCUACAUAAACAUGUUUUUGCUGAGCACAAAGGCUGUUUUGAGGGUUAUGGGUGACCUAGGAAGUGGCAUCAUGGAUGCAUUCCUGGGUGUUUUCUGUGAAAUCUAACAUCCUUUUAGCACCUGGAGCAGGUGAUCUAUGUAGAGAUGUCACAUUUUGUGAUUGAUCUUCCUUUCUGAAAAUGUGCAGCUAUUGCAAAAAAUAUUAAACACCUUUAUCAUUAAGAUAAUUAAUUCACUGUGUAAAAAGUCAUCACUGUGUUUUAUGUUUGGAGUGUAUUAAUCACAUGGUGCUGACAUUUUAUUUAUGUUAUUGUUAUUAUUCCCUCUCUUUCCUGGUAGUGAUUUUUUAAGGUAAGAAAGAAUUGUAUGAUACAAAUUAUAGUUCAAUUGGCAGAGAGGGCAAUGCAUUAGGGAAACAAUUCUGUUUGAAAAUUCCCUUUUCCUUGAUAAAUGCAAAAUGCACCAGGGUACCACAGAGAGAUGCACUACAUACACUUGCUCUAGAGAGUUGAAGAUAUCAAGAGCCUUAAAAGAAAGCUAGAGGGAGAUUUGUCCCUAUGUAAUGACUUCUUACAAUGCCUAAAUUAGAAAUGAGACAUCUCAAAUAUAGCUACCAAAAAGUAUGUUGUUUGAGCUGUGUCCCCAAAAAUCAGAACAACUAUAUUACUGUCUGUAAUUUUAUAUUUGCCAAAUUUAUUUACAGAAAAGGUUAUGAAGAACCUCUGUUUACUACCUCUGUUUACUAACACACACAAACACAUUUCUGCUCCAUAAGGACAAAGUGAGAGGGUAAAGGCACCAGCAACUUGUGGUCCUUUGGGGCACUACCCCAAUCCACUCUCAGACAAGGUGCCAAACCUGUAUAAAACAUCUCUUGAGUUUGCAUUGAGUUCUAAUUUUAAGAUUAAAGUUUUCAGAAAGCUGUGACAGGAUAGUACAAUGCAUUGAUAUCAGCAUAUAUGAAACACUUUAGCUGGAUCUACACUGCCCUAGAAACAUAGAAUCAUAGAGUUGGAAGAGACCUCAUGGUCCAUCCAGUCCAACACCCUGCCAAGAAACAGGAAAAUCAGAUUCAAAGCACCCCCAACAGAUGGCCAUCCAGUCUCUAUUUAAAAGCCUCCAUAGAAAGAGUGUCCCCCACAUUUCUAGGCAGAGAGUUCCACUACUGAACAGCUCUCAUAGUUAGAAAGUUCUUCCUAAUGUUCAGGUGAAAUCUCCUUUCCUGUAGUUUGAAGCCAUUGCUCUGCAUCCUAGUCUCCAGGGCUGCAGAAAACAAGUUUUCUCCCUCCUCCCUAUGACUUCCUCUCAUAUAUUUAUACAUGGCUAUCAUGUCUCCUCUCAGCCUUCUCUUCUUCAGGUUAAACAUACCCAGUCUAUAUCCCAGGAUCUGAUCCCAGAAAUUCUGCUUGGAACUGGAUUAUAUGAGUCUACACCGACAGAUAAUCAGGGAUAAGCAGAUAAUCUGGGAUCAGUUCCUAGGAUAUAGGGCAGUGUAGAUCCAGUCCUUUUUGCAUGAUUUUGUACCCUUUCACAUUAGAGAAUUAAAGCACUACAAUUCCACUUUAACUGCUAUGGCGGCAUACUAUAGAAUCCUGAGAUUUAUAGCUUUGUGAGAUGCAUUUCGAAUUCUCUUUCAAAGAACUUUAUGCCUCACCAAAGCCAUACUUGCCAUACUUGCUUAGAGAUAAACCCCACUGAAUCUAGUGAAAGGUACUUCUGAGUAAAACUAAACAGGAUUGUGUUUAUUAAUCCUUUCCUAUUUAAUUCUUCUGCUUCUGUUUCCAGCAUAGCUGGAGGUUAUACAGAGCAAGAUCAAACUGUGAUGAAUAACAACUAGCAUAUUACUUUUACAAUACAAUUACAUUUAUUGAGGGAGGAGAAACGGGAAUCUGGCGCCUUCAUGCAAACAGCAGUGCUUUUAGGGAUUUUCUGUCUACUUCCCAACCUCAGUACCUUUGGGAUGGGACCUUUGCCACUACCAUUAUUUCCUAUGGAAAUUAUGUUGCAUUGUUACAACCUAUCCUGGAUCUUUUAGGAGACUCACUAGAAAUUUCACAACUGAUAUUUUAAAUUUUUUAAAAAACAAUAACUGGAAAUUGUCCAUCCUCUCCAGUAGCCUUAUAGACAAAAGAAACCCCCACAGCAACACUGAAUGAUUGUGAGUUGGGGUUUUUUACUCAUGCUUUUGCUUUUUAAUGCAAAUUUUAUCAGAACCAAAAGCUGUGUUUCUGUAGAAAGCAUUUGUUUCUCAAACUACUUUAAAUGCUGCUGUCUUAAAAACCUUAUGAUAUAUGUGCCUGAGCGUACAUUUUACUGUUUAGAUUUAACAUUUUGAUUGGGAGAAAAGUCAAGUUCAUGUUUCCUAGAUCUGUAUUAUCUGUUGUUGAAACUAGGUUGGAGCAAAAAAAAUGUUACUGUCAGGGACUGUCUUUUCUUUUAUGUCCAUUUGAGCAUCAGAUUUUGUAUAAAUGAAAAAGGAGACAACAGGCGUGUAACUGGAUUUAUUUAAAAAUGCAUUCUCUUGACAUUUCAAUAAUGUGCUGCAUUGAAGGAACUUUCCUAGUUGUUACAAUGGCAGGUGUUCUUUUUAAAUCGGUGGCAAACAUAUUUUGCCAUACUAUAUCAAUAAAAACCAGUUGCUUUCA